AUGCUUCGCCCCGCCAGCCAAGAAGCAAAUGAAAACAAAGUAUCAGAAGCACGAGGGGGAACAAGGCAAAGCUCCAAGGUGCAGUCCAACAGCCCUUCAGUCCAGAUGAUCCCAGCAAGAAGAUGUUCUGGAACCCAAAGAGCUCAGAGAAAGCCGUAUUCAUGCUCAGAAUGUGGCAAAUGUUUUACUUGGAAAUCAGGCCUCCUUCAACAUCAAAUGAAUCACACAGGGGAGAAGCUGUAUUCAUGUUCAGACUGUGGGAAAUGUUUUACUAGUAAAACACAAAUUGAAACCCAUCAGCGAAUUCACACAGGAGAGAAGCCGUUUUCGUGUUCAGAAUGUGCGAAAUACUUUACUAGAAAGUCAGUUCUUCUUCUACAUCAAAGAAGUCACACAGGAGAGAAGCCGUUUUCAUGUUCAGAAUGUGGAAAAUGUUUUACUAGAAAAUCACAUCUUGAUAACCAUCACAAAAUUCACACAGGAGAGAAGCCGUUUUCAUGUUCAGAAUGUGGAAAAAGUUUUACGAAUAAAACACAUCUUGAAACCCAUCAGCGAAUUCACACAGGAGAGAAGCCGUUUUCAUGUUCAGAAUGUGGAAAAUGUUUUACUAGAAAAUCACAUCUUGAUAACCAUCACAGAAUUCACACAGGAGAGAAGCCGUUUUCAUGUUCAGAAUGUAGGAAAUCUUUUACUGAUAAAUCAAUUCUUCUUCUACAUCAAAGAAGUCACAUAGCAGAGAAGCCGUAUUCAUGUUCAGAAUGUGGAAAAUCUUUUACUCGGAAACCACAUCUUCAGAGACACCAGAGAAUUCACACAGGGGACAAGCCGUAUUCGUGUUCAGAAUGUAGGAAAUCUUUUACUGAUAAAUCAAAUCUUGAGUGCCAUCAGAAAAUUCACACAGGAGAGAAGCCAUUUUCAUGUUCAGAAUGUGGUAAAUCUUUUACUCGGAAAUUUCAACUUCAGAGCCACCAGAGCAUUCACACAGGGGACAAGCCGUAUUCAUGUUCAGAAUGUAGAAAAUCUUUUACUGAGAAAUCAAGUCUUAAGAAACAUCGGCAAAUUCACACAUUGGAGAAGCUGUAUUCAUGUUCAGAAUGUGACAAAUGUUUUACUCAUAAAUCAUCUCUAAAGAGUCAUCAGAAAAUUCACACAGGGGACAAGCUGUAUUCAUGUUCAGAAUGUGGCAAAUGUUUUACUCAGAAAUCAUCUCUAAAGAGCCAUCAGAAAAUUCACACAGGGGAGAAGCUGUAUUCAUGUACAGAAUGUAGGAAAUGUUUUACUGAGAAAUCAAGUCUUGAGAGACAUCAGAGAAUUCACACAGGAGAGAAGCCGUUUUCAUGUUCAGAAUGUGGCAAAUGUUUUAGUCAAAGAUCAUCUCUUGUUCAACAUCAGAGAAUUCACACCAGGAACAACCAAUUCUGA